UAGGGGGAGACAACACAUUGACAUUGCUUUGGCCAAAGCGAUACGCGUCGUAUUAUCGUGUCUUAGGACAUAAGUAAUCUGGUCAGGUCCACACAACUGCAUAGUGACAAUUUUUUAUACGCUGUAAUUCUGCCACGUAAUAGCAUUACGAUACGCUCUUAUAAUUUGGCUUUGUCGUAUCAUCCGUAACAUAAUUAUAACUCCAUAUUCUUGUAUAUAUGAGUUUUUUAAUUGUUAUUACAAAAUCUCAUAAAAAUCAGCAAUAAAACAAUUGUUGUCAACUCCAUGUAUGAUAUUUUGCUACCCUAAUCAUAUCAUUUGAUUGACUGACACCCAAACCAAAGAAAAAACAAAAAAUCUUAUACCUUUAAACAAUCACGACAAAUAAAAUCCAUCAACAAAUCAUACAUAUCUUUUUUAUUAGUGUCGAACAUAUUAUAUCCAGAACAGAAAACUCUAUUUAUUAUCAUGAACAGAAGAACAGACACAAGGUAAGAAAACAAGAAAGACAAGAUUUUCAGAAUAUGAUAGCUAUGUUCCUUUUUCGUGGCUGUGCAAAUAAUUUCUUUAAUUCUUGCGGAAAUCGACAAAUAAUGUGCAACUUGUUUAGAAAAUAUCUUUACAGGAGAGGUUGUGAGGAGCGAGGACCGAAACUUUUGACCUAAAUUUUUGUUUUCGGUUGUUAAUUAGUUGUUACAAACAAAAAUAAAUUCAGAAAUUACAAAUAUAAUUCAUCGAUUGAUAGACCCCUACAAAAUUUGGAAGAUUGUAAAUAUGAAAUACGAGGGAGAAAAAAAAAGAAAAAAAGGAAAGAAACGAGUGUUCGACGCGUGUGAGCACCACUUGGGAUUGUGAUAUCAGUUAUAAUCGUGUUCAUGUAAAGAGCAGAGCUAGCAAAAUAGUGGAACACUCGUGUGACCACGUUUCUCACGUGCCUAAAAGACGCUUUAAAACAAAGCUGAACGUAACAAAUUAAAGGGGGGGUUUGGAGAGAAGAAGAGAGUUAACUAGCUCAUUACAUAGACUUGUAAUAUACUUCUCUGUUUUCCCAUAUAUUAUAACCAAACACAAAAAAGGUUUGAGACUUUGACAAGUUAGAAACAAUGGAGAAUGAAGAGGGAAGAAGAGAGAUGACGAGGAAACAGAGUUCAAGGUUUAAGAGCAUCUGCGUCUUUUGUGGUAGUAGCAAUGGCAACAAAGCUAGUUAUCAAGAUGCAGCCAUUGAUUUAGGCAAAGAACUGGUGGCGAGGAAGAUUGAUCUUGUUUAUGGUGGAGGAAGCAUAGGUUUAAUGGGUUUAGUGUCUCAAGCUGUUCAUGAAGGCGGUCGUCAUGUUAUUGGUGUCAUCCCCAAGCUACUCAUGUUGCAAGAGCUUACUGGAGAAACAGUAGGAGAAGUGAGAGAAGUUGCAGACAUGCAUCAGAGAAAAGCUGAGAUGGCUAAGCAUUCUGAUGCCUUCAUUGCUUUGCCUGGUGGCUAUGGUACACUCGAGGAGCUACUUGAAGUGAUAACUUGGGCACAACUUGGUAUACAUGAUAAACCGGUCGGUUUAUUAAACGUUGAUGGAUAUUACAAUGCAUUGCUAUCAUUCAUCGACAAAGCUGUCGAAGAGGGAUUUAUUCUUCCUACCGCUCGACAUAUUAUUGUAUCCGCACCAACCGCAAAAGAGUUGUUUAAGAAAUUAGAGGAGUAUGUGCCUCGACAUUAAUAGUAACAACUGCCAUCGAAACUGAGCCCCGAGACGUUCAUACCAAAAGAAAAAAAAAAAUCGUUAAUGGACGAGUAAAGAUUUGAUAUUUUUGCAGCUAGACAAUCUAAAAGUGUGUUAUCAUUAGGGAGUACCAAAAAAAGUAACUUUUUCUUUCCUCGAUUGUUAUCAGCAUGGUAUCUCAGAAUUUUCUGUUUAAGUGAUGUAAUAUAUAAAGUAGAGCAUAUCAUUUGAAUUUUUAAGUGAGUGUCAACUAAUUUUAAACAAGGACUUGUUACGUU